AGAUGCCAAAUAAUGAGAUGAAGUGAGUGAGAGAGAGAAAGAAUCGCUUUUACUAGUUUGUCUACUACCGUGGUGCGAAUGUGGAAGCAUGGACAGCAAGCGAAGGCCGAGAAGCCGGCAACCCAUCCCUAUAUCUGAAUCCAAAAUCCACAUCAACCCACACCACACUACUCAAAAAUUCACAUCCCCUAGUCAUGUAGAGACAGAGGUUGCUAGUUUCAAAAAGAUUUAUAGGAAGAGGUCUCUUUGAAGAGGAAAAAAGAAAAAAGAUAAGCAUUCAGCAUAACCUUCGCUUUAAAUUUCUCCUUUUUCCCCACUAUCUGCCAGAUUCAAAAAAGGGUAUAGAGUUGGAGGUAGUUAAGACUAAAGAGGCUCUCUUUCAAAUUAGGGGGGGUUGUGGCUUAUUUGAUGGAAAAGGCAAUUUCCCAAUAGGGAAAUGUGAUUCAUGAUGAACAUGGCGUGCUAUAGCGUUUCAGACAAGGCAGCCAAAGAGAGUAGUAGGAUUGAAGCUGUUGAUUUGGGUGUGAAGCUGCAAAGUAGUAAAUUAUUGCUUCCUGGGAAGAUGAUGACGGUUCACCAUGAUAAUCGUCACCGUCUUCCACCUUAUGCAAUUUGUUAUGGUGAUGUUGAUGGUGAUGGUCCCACAGGUAACAACAACAGGCCUAAGACCAGAAAUAUAUACGAUGUUUUUCCAAGCAGUGAUUCUGGUGCUGCUGCUGUUGCUGCUAUUGCUAGUGGUGGUGCAGGUGUAAGGACUCUGCAGCUUUUGACAUUGCCCUCCACUACACCCUUGUGCUCACACGCCUACAAGUCCCCAGGAGGGAUGGCGGCAUCUUUGGAGUUUCCUUUUACAAAUGCACAGUGGCAGGAGCUUGAGAGACAAGCUAUGAUAUUCAAGUACAUGAAGGCUUCUGUUCCUGUGCCACCUGAUCUGCUUAUUCCCAUCACGGGAAGCCCCUCAGUUCCAGUUGCUUCCAACUCUGCUUUGGGCGGAGGUGCUCUAUCUGAGGUUCUCGACCAGGGGGAUCUUGAGCCAGGGAGGUGCAGGAGAACAGAUGGAAAAAAAUGGAGGUGCUCUAGAGAUGGGCCUGACCAAAAGUAUUGUGAGCGUCACAUGCAUAGAGGUCGUCCCCGUUCAAGAAAGCCUGUGGAACUUCCUAACAAGAAGACCCGUCAUACACAUACCCAAGCUCUUCCUUCAUCUUCUUCCACUAUUACUAAGGACUCUCCAUCACAGUUUCUUGGAACUCUUGCUCAGCCCUUCCGUCAGAAUCAGACCACUUGUUUCUUGAUAAGCCAGGUAAAAGCUGCAACAUUUGGCCCGUCCUCUGUUUCUUCGUACAAGAGACCUAGGAACUCGGACUGGAUUGUGAGUGAAGAACUCAGUCCUGGUGCCAUCUGACAACGGUGGCAUUAUCUCAUGCAAAUAGCAACUUCUGCCAGAUCUUUCUCCAAUGCUGAUAACUCAUCUGUUCACCAAAACUACAGUAAGGAACCUCUGAACUUAAAUUCAUAUGCAAAUUUCAAUGCUACAGAAGAUCAACAAAGCAACCGUUGCCCUUUGUUUCUCAAUUCUGAUAUUUCCGCUAGAGAAGUCCCAGAAAUUGCUGCAAGAGGUUUUAUUGAUGCGUGGUCUACUGUAUCAGAUAACCGCAAUGCCAACUCAGGAACUGCAACCUCUGUUUCCUCUAAUGGAAAACUCUCUCUUUCAUCACUUUCUCUCUCGAUGGAGUCAUUGACAUGAGGGAUGAAGGUGGGCCCUAUUCGUAUGGGAUUGGGAGUGACUGAGUCUGAUCAGAACCAUCAAUAUGUCAAAUCACAUCUUUCAAGUUGGUUAGGCCCUGCCUCUUGGGCUACUUCCACACCUGGAGGCCCACUAGCAGAAGUAUUAAGGCCUAGAAAGAUCGCCAGCGCCGUCGCAACCACGGAAGGCGGCUCUAAUCCACCAUCUCCCGUUACUGGAAAUGGAAAUUCUUGUAGUCCACCGGUGACUGCAGUGUCUUCACCAUCUGGUGUUUUACAAAGAACCCUUGCUUCGUUUUCUGAUAGCAGUGGUAGCAGCAGCCCAACACUGGCCAGUUCAGGGGCCAAACCUGAGAUAGGUUCGACGUGGCUUAAAGGAAAUUAGCAUAUCGUCUUGUUGGAAUUGAAGCCAAGAAUUUACUAGAAACGAAUAUGUUUUUUUUUUUGGUGUUCUUGAAUUGGUUACUUCGUUGUUGGUUUAUGAUGUUUAUCCUUAUUAGGUUGUGUAAUUGUGCAAUAGCAGCGGUUUUUUAAGAACUUGUUAUAUAGAUUUUGUGAACUGCAAAGAAGAAAAUCUGUCUGAAAAUGUUCUUUGACUUGAAUCAUGGAAGCUUAUAGCAUACUGAUUCGUAGAUCUUUGCGAAGCGGGCAAGAAAAAGGUACUAUUUGGUUAGUGUAUGAUUUUCCUGCUAGUAUGGUAGAGUCCGACGUGGAAGAAACAAUACCUACUUUAGACUCCAUGAAAGUGUGAUUGUUGUCUGUUGAAUUUAAACAUGGAAAGUUUGAAGCAUUGUAUGUUUGUUCUUUA